CCAGCUGACUGCAGAGAGUGAAACGAGGAGAGGACCGUGUGGACCGCUGAGCCUACACGGUCGUUCACCUUACUCCCUCCUUCUCCGGCUGAAAGACAGAAGCGCGUAGGUUGAUCUGCAGUACCGCACAGUGCAUUAUUGAGCAGCACUCAAGUGGCUGCGAGAGAUAAUGAGAUUGGCAAACUGCGGAGGAAAGCACAGAAGAAGCAGGUGACCAGAGAGCAUGAUCGUGGAGAUGAAACAUCAUGUCAGAGCCUGAGAGAUCCUCGGCUGAGUUGCGUCUUGUGAACUGCAUCAAACCAUCUGCUGAAGCUUCCCCUUGACUCGUGUUUAAGAGCAGAAGAAGCUGUGUGAUGCAGAAGGACAGUUGUGUCAAGAUCUUCCUCCGUGAAUAAGGUCCACCCAACAACAUGGUUAUUAUACAACUGUAGGAUGCUGCAGUGUUCAUCUCGAUGGAGAGUCACGCCCUCUCUCUCAGUGAAUAGCCGGCCCUCAACAAGGCAAAAGGAUCUCAGCUCAGCCUGUAAAUAAAACGUCCUUCUUCACAGCGUGGGAGAAAGUGCCUCUCCGUGGUGCUGGUGUGGCAUCUCUGAAGGCUGAUAACCGGAGUGAGAGCGGUGUUGAGGGAUCAUCUUUCACUCUGAGCCACUCAACUUUCAUGCCGUGGCCCCAGAGCCGGCUCUCAGGGCUGAACUGUCAGCGGGGAAGGCAGAGAGGCUCUCACGUGGACUUGAUCGACAGAGCAGCACAGUGCACAGGUGUAAAGCCUCUUCCUCAUGAGACUGAAGAGGCUCACAUGAGGGAAUAGUCAUGCUAUUGUUCGGAGGACCUUCAUACAGGAUUAAAGACACUUUAGCCAACUUUUUCUUCAUUUUGUGUGGUGAAAACGGGGACAGCUGGUGUUGAUUCUUCUGCUUUAUGAGUUUUCAUCACUGGGACAGUGUGUCUAAGUGGCAGAGGGAGCCAGCAUGGCCAAGCCUCUGCUGAAGAUACAGCGCUAUUUCCGCAGGAAACCUGUCCGAUUCUUUUCCCUCAUCCUGCUCUACCUGACCGCCGGGAGCCUCGUCUUCCUGCACUCUGGCUUCGUGGGGGACAGCGGCCCCGGGGCCAGAGGCGGCCGAAACGCUGUGGUAGCUUCAGAUAUGGGAGGCCGUACUUCAAUGUCAGACGCCCGGGGGCUUGGCAUCAUGAGUCGAGUGUUUAAAGAAACCCGCAGGUCUGGACGGAGGUAUGGCCCUCCGUGGAUGAAAAAGGCCAGACAGGAGGGCCAGGAGACGGUGCGAAGGGGGGGAGACUACACCAACAACUGGAACCGAGCCCUUAAAGGACGCAGUGCCAAAGAUGUGGACAAUGGAAGAGCAAAGUAUAUCGGCUGCUACAUCGAUGACACACAGAAAAGAGCGCUGAGAGGAGUUUCCUUUUUUGACUACAAAAAAAUGACUGUAUUUCGUUGCCAGGACAACUGUGCAGAAAGAGGAUACAUGUAUGCAGGUCUGGAGUUCGGAGCGGAGUGCUACUGCGGUCACAAGAUCCAGGCCCCCAAUGCUUCGGAUAGCGAAUGCAACAUGGAGUGUAAAGGAGAGAAGAGCAACCUGUGCGGAGGAGCCAACCGACUGUCCAUCCAUAGGUUGGAGCUGAGCCAGGAGUCGGCACGCCGCUAUGGCAGUGCCAUUUUCAAAGGGUGUUUCCACAGUCCAGACAAUGUCACUCUGGCACUUCCCUUCAGCGCGGUCAUCCAAAACAUGUCUGUGGACAAAUGUGUGGACAUGUGCAUGGAGAAGGAGAAAACGCUGGCCGUCUUAGCUGGAGAUCGAUGUCACUGCGGCUUCCCGACUCCUCUCUUCUCCCUUCAUGAGCCGGAGGACGAGUCCAUGUGUCUCCACCGCUGCCAAGGAGAAGAGUUCGAGAGCUGCGGGAACGACAAGUACUUUGUGGUGUACCAAACGCAGGUUCAAGAUAACCGCUGCAUGGACCGGCACUUCCUUCCCACUCGUGCCAAGCAGCUGGUGGCUCUCGCCAGUUUCCCCGGAGCUGGAAACACCUGGGCUCGCCACCUCAUAGAACUGGCCACUGGCUUCUACACUGGCAGCUAUUACUUUGAUGGCUCCCUUUACAAUAAAGGAUUUAAAGGGGAGCGAGACCACUGGCGGAGUGGGAGGACGAUCUGCAUUAAGACGCAUGAGAGCGGCAGGAAGGAGAUCGAAUCCUUUGACUCCAGCGUCAUCAUGAUCCGAAACCCCUACAAAGCCCUCAUGGCUGAAUUUAACAGAAAAUAUGGCGGUCACAUUGGAUUUGCUUCUCAAGCCCACUGGAAAGGGAAAGAGUGGCCUGAGUUUGUGAAGAACUAUGCCCCUUGGUGGGCGUCCCACACGUUGGACUGGCUGAAUUAUGGGAAGAACGUCCACGUGGUCCACUUUGAGAAUGUGAAGAGGGACCUGUUCUCCCAGCUGAAGGGAAUGGUGCAGUUCCUGGGUUUGAAGGUUUCGGAGGAACGCCUUCUCUGCGUCGAGGGCCAAAAGGAUGGAAACUUCAAGCGAUCUGGGCUACGAAAGCUUGAGUAUGACCCCUAUACCCCGGAAAUGCGAGCGAACAUCAAUGAACUGGUCAGAACAGUAGAUGCUGCCUUGAGGAAAAGGAACAUUUCUGGAGUUCCAGAGGAAUAUAUGCCAAGAUGAUAUACGUGAUCCCUUCAUUUUCUUUUUUCCCCUUCUUUAAUUGGACAGUUGUCAACAGACUGCACCAUAUUUUGUAGGAUUACGUUACUGAAAUAGUUUUUUCAAUAAUUUUUCUGUGAACAUAGGUUGAAGCUGUCUCUUUACCCUCCUAUUUUCAUUUUCUAUUCAUGUUCUUUCAUUUUCUGUUGAACCUCAGCAGCUUCAUGCAUUAAUAAAAGAGGCAGUUUUAACUGCAGAGGUUUGUUUUUCUCUUCGGCUAAAUGAAAAGCACUCCUUAUCCUGCUCUAUGCACAUGUGCUGUGUAGGCAUGGGCACAUGCCUUAACAUGAAGAAGGUACAAUAGCUGUGACUACAGAGAGGCUCAUCUGACUGUGCCAGUGAAGAAACAAAUAUACAUGGGCUUAUUUUGUGCAAAAGACAAAUAUGUGAUAUGAAAAAAUUUAAAUGUAUGAAUCUUCUGCUGCUACCACAGUUACAGAAUAUAAUAUUUUAUACAUGAAAACUUUAAAUAAGUUAAGCCUGUUCUCCCAGGGACCUCCCAGGGUAAAAUGCAAUAUGCAGGCUAUAACUGCCUGAUGAUGAUGAUACGGUGUGUUUCCAAGUUUCUGUAAUUUAUUCAACUAACUGUUAGUAAGAAGAAUCUUAUUUUCAAUGAUGAAGAGGUAAAGAACUCAGCUCCUCGUAUUCAAGAAGAUGAAUAAUCCCUCUUGAAGGCACUGACUCAAGGAGAGAAGAGGAUUUAUCUCAACAGCAUUUAUUUAUCCCUGCCGUGCAGUGCACAUGUCAACUAAUUUGGUUGUGAAUAUGUUUUCUUAACACUGGACUCCAUGCAGAAAUCCAAAAAGCACUUUGCCGUGCAACACUUGCCCCAAAGAUCACAGAGAAAUUAGCGUAACACUUGUGUUAUGGAUCGGAGGUUACCUUUAGCAGUAGUGAUCAGUAUAGAUUUAUUUCAUGACAGUUACUGUAAUCAUCAAUACAAACUGUUUUUGUUCGAUUGCUUUGCUGUUAGAGGAGCUAUGAAACGGUUAAAGCUGGUGAUCAUUUUUCUCUUCAUAAUUUAAAAAAACUCUACAAAUGUGUGAAAAAUUCUGCUCAAAUUCUAUAAGCAGCACGUCUUAUAACGGUACUCAAUGCGCUAUGCCAUAUGCUUAAAAAUAUUAAAUAAAUAUCUCUAUCUAUAUCUAUAUAGAUAUAGAUAAAACGCUGGUGACUGAGGGCCAGUAAACAAUAACUGACUUCCAUUUUUAGAAUGAUAUUAAUAUAUUUUUAUAGUGUUUGCUGAAACAUCGAUAACAUUUGUAUUGCAACAAGCAAAAGGGGAGAAGUUGUUUCUAUUUUUAACACAUGCUUUAAACGUUAUUGGCUCUUGUUUUCAUUGACAAGCCGGCACUUUCUGAACAUAGGUGUCACAUAUGAAUGUAUUUUCUAUGGAAUGAAUGUAAUGUGAUAAGGCCCAAUAAAUG